AUGGAUGGGGCUGUCGGCGUAACGCAAUGUGCGAUUCCUCCCGGCAAGUCAUUUACGUAUGAUUUCAAGCCCGGUACUUAUUGGUACCAUGCACACAAUAAUGGUCAAUAUCUGGAUGGUCUACGUGGACCAGUGGUAAUACAUGACCCCAAAGGCCCGUACGAAGGCAAAUACGAUGAGGAGCUUAUCCUGUCCUUCUCCGACUGGUACCAUCAGCCCACCAAGAAUCUGAUCAAGGAAUUAAUCAAUGUCGAGAACCCAACCGGGGCGGAACCCGUACCUCAGGCUGCACUCAUGAAUGACACCCAAAAUCUACAGGUCAAGGUUCAGCCAGGCAAAACGUAUCUAAUUCGCAUGGUUAACAUGGGCGGUUUUGCUUCUCAUUACGUUUGGUUUGAGGGUCACCAGAUGCGCGUCGUUGAGGUAGACGGUGUCUGGACUGAAGAGGCUGAAGCUGAUAGGCUCUACAUCACGCCGGCCCAGCGUUACAGUGUUCUUUUAACAACAAAAGAUGAUGCAUUGGAGAAUUUCGCCAUUAUCGGCGCCAUGGAUGAAGAACUCUUUGAUGUCAUCCCUGACGAGUAUAACGCCAACGUUACCGGAUGGCUCGUAUAUGAUGACACAAAACCUCUCCCCUCGCCUACACCUGUUGACGAAUUGGACUGGUUCGAUGACAUGACACUGGUCCCCUACGAUCGGCAAGAACUUCUCGAGAGGGUCGAUUAUUCCUUCAACCUCGAUGUCAAGAUGGAUAAUCUUGGUGAUGGGGCCAACUACGCCUUCUUUAAUGAUGUUACGUAUGUCGGCCCCAAGGUUCCAUCGCUGUAUACAGCUCUGUCAGUUGGAACCACAAAUGCCGCAAACCCACGAGUGUACGGCUCGAAUUCGCUCGCUCAGAUUCUCAAGCACGGUGAUGUCGUUGAGCUUGUCCUCAACAAUGGUGAUGACGGGAAGCACCCCUUCCAUCUUCACGGCCAUAACUUCCAGGUCGUCUAUCGUUCUGAUGAGGAUGCGGGUGAUUUUGUCAAUGACGGCAGCAUUGAAUUACCACGAUAUCCUAUGCGCCGUGAUACCGUCUUCGUCCAGGGAAACGGCAAUUUCGUUAUCCGAUUCGUUGCCGACAACCCUGGAGUCUGGCUUUUCCAUUGCCAUAUCGAAUGGCAUAUGGACCAAGGUCUCAUAGCGACUAUUGUUGUUGCACCAGAAGCUAUUCAAGGCCUAGAAAUCCCCUCGGAUCACUAUGAUGCUUGCCGAGCUGUUGGUGCCCCGAUUAGGGGAAACGCAGCGGGCAAUAUUAUGGAUGUCCUAGAUCUUACCGGAGAGAACCGACCACCUCCUCCACUACCUGCCGGUUUUACGGCUAAAGGUUAUGUGGCUUUGUUCUUCAGCUGUAUUUCUGCCAUUAUUGGCUUAUUGGCGAUAUCAUGGUAUGGUGUGAUUGAUCCCGGAGCUAAGGAGUCAAAUGUCGAGAGCCAGAAUGCCUCUGCACAGGAACAAGAAGAAUGA